GAGAAUUAUGUUUAAAGAUAUUAAAUAUUUCAGAAGUGUCUGUGAUGUAAACUGCAUGUGGUAAAUCUAUCUGAAUGUUUUUGGAUUCAGAAACAAUGGCGUCUAGGAAAAAUCUGAAUUUGUUUCUGUUUACAGUGACAAUUGUACUUAGCAUAUCUUCACUAUUCAUCUAUGUGACAUCAGUUCCUUCUAGAACAGUAACUGUUCUCCCCUGGGGAAACUGGAGUACAAGUUCCCCCUGGGCUGGGGAUAGAGAAUGUGGCGAGUUUGUGACUAGAAUAGUUAAACCAGGAACUAUCCCUAGUAGAGCACUUGCCUCCUUCCCUGGAUCAGGGAAUACUUGGAUUAGAUAUCUUAUUGAGGGCGCCUCAGGGAUCUAUACUGGGUCCAUAUUUAAUGAUAAAUCAAUAGCAAGUGCAGGACACAAUGGAGAAAUGAGGAAUUUCAGGGAUGGUUCAACAAUCCUUCAAAAGACCCAUCACAGAGCUUUAUAUGAUGUGCCAGCUUAUAUGAAAUAUUCCCUGCAAUGGAGAACUAACCAUAUUAAGAUGUUUGAGGGUCGUGCAGUUGUGGUUGUUCGUAACCCUUUCAAAGCUAUUCUUUCCUACUGGAAUUAUAUCAGUACAAGAAGCCACACCGCGUCUGCCAACAACAACAGCUUGUUGUCACCAAAAUUCCGGGAUUUUGGUUUUGUUGGAAUCAACCGCUGGUAUGAAGUCAUCUCUGAUUGGCUUGACUACGGAACAGAUGUUUAUUUUGUUUUCUAUGAAGAUCUCCAAGAGAAUCCUGUAAACGAAAUAAAAUCCCUUUUUGACCAUCUGGGAAUGGAACUAGACCCGAACAGACUAGAGUGUGUACAGAAGCAUCUGACUGGAAGCUUUGAGAGAAAGAAGCACAUUGAUGAGAAUCCGUUUUCUUUAGAUCAUCAAGCUUUGUUCAGACUUGUUAUUGAUCUUGCCAGCAAAAGGAUAGAGGAAAAAACUGGAAAAUCCCUUCCAGUUCAUAAAUAUACCUAUUAUAAGAAGGAUACCACAAAUGUACCUUAAUAAAAAAAAUAUAUUUUCUUUUUGUAAAA